AUUGUACAACUUUUAGGACGUCCUGGAACGUUCCGUAAAUCACCUUCCACCGCCGUUUCUUCCCAACCGGGAACCACCCCAAUCGCCACACAACUUAACGGUGCACCAACUCCCGGUGGAGUUGGUGUUAGCUCAGUACCCUUUGCACCCGGCUCAAAAACGGGCCAACCCUUAGAACCCAAUGAACUUCCAGUAGGGGACGAGUCCCUAUUGUGGAGACGGUUUGCGCGAAAACAGCUCGAAACAAGUGAAGAGUUUAAAGAUUUAUCUAAACCCAAGCAAGUCCAACCGUGGACUGAAGAGCAAAUCGUGUUAAAGAAAGCCAAAGUGGAACAUAGGGAACCAGUGAAGGAGAAACUUGAAGAAGUUCACCUGAAAGUAAGCAAACCAGUGCAAAAAGAAAUACCGAGAGCAGUGUUGGAAGAUGUGGAGCUAAAGCCAGUCAGCUUAGAAAAACAUAUUACUGAUUCAUUCGUAGCGCAGAGCAUUGAACAAGCUCAAGUCGCACAGCAAGAUUGGCGCACCGCUCCAAAGACUCCAAGUAGUCAGAUUAGGUCAGCUACUGAAGACAGUACUCUUCUAACAUUGGAUCAAAAACAACAAGAACACAUAGUGAAAACUACUCCAGAGCCAGCACAGAAAGACUGGCGGACACCCAAACCUGCAGAUAUAGCAGCUGAACUUAAGCGCCAAGCAUGGCGUCAAACUUUGGAGAAACAAGAUUCAGUCGAAAUAGACAUUGAUACUGUCCUAGCUAAAGCUCAACAUGCGGUUCGGAAAAUUCCCACGCCUCAGCCUCAACAGGCAAAAAUAAUUCCUUGGACGGAAGAAAAGAUAACUCUCAAGGCGGCCCCUAAAGAUCAAAUAGCGAAGUUCAAAGAAAUUCCCAAAGAGAAACUUGAAGAUGUCGUAUUAAAACCUGUUACUUUGGAAGAAAUCCAAGCAUUAAAACAAGCCAAAUUAGAAAAACCUAGAGAACCUGGCGAACCUGUUCCAUGGAUUGAAGAGGAUAUCGACUUGAAACCAACGCCGCAAGAGAAGAAGGAAAUCCCCAAAGAAACCUUAGAGGAGGUGCAUCUUAAAUCAGUAGACCUUACGGAAUUGCUAGAAACCAAACUUACCCCUCUGAGACUGGAAGGAGAAGGAAUACCCUGGACGGAGGAAGAAAUUAGUCUUAAUCCUACCUUGCACGAAAAGAAAGAAAUUCCCAAAGAAACUCUUGAAGAAGUUGCCCUCAAACCAAUUACCAAAAUACCCGAUAUCAGAGAUACUGAAUUGAAGUCGCUAAUUACGGAAAGAAAGCCCGGUGAACCGAUCCCGUGGACGGAAGAAGAAAUUCGCCUCAAACACGCCGUUAUUGAGAAGAAAGAAAUCACCAAAGAACAACUGGAAGACUUCUCACUUAAACCACUAGCGCAAAUUCCUAGUCAAAAACCAGCAGAACCUCUACCUGUGCAGCAAGAAAUACAAGAAAAAACGUUGGAAAUUCAAUUAGAACAACAAGAAAUUUCAAAACAAAAAUCUGCUGCAAAAACUGAAAUUCGCCAUGUUGAAGAUCGAACGCUGCUAGACAUUACAAAGCAUACCUCUGAACUUAUGGAAUCCCAACCAGAGGUAAAAACCUGGGAAAGAGGAGCAAAACCAGAAGCAAUAACCUCUAAACAAACCACAGAAACAACUCAGAAAACAAUUAUUGAGUCUCAACAAGUACAGGACACAGAUACUAAAGCCUGGAAACGAGAAACAGUUGUCCAAAAAGAAGAGCAUCAACAUGCGCCUAAAGAAGCACCAGCUCCUUGGAAUGAGCAACCAAUAACUUUAAAGAAAACAACGAUUGAAAGAAAGCAAACUGCAAAAGAAACCAUAGAACAAGUAGACCUGAAACCAUCCAGGCCAGUUAAAACAGGUGACACAGUUGUUCAAACUACAGAACAAACACAAAUUGCUCAAUUCGAUACCGUUGAAAGAACGGCAGUUUUAUCUGCCACAGAAGACACAACCCUACUACAGGUAACGGAGCAUGAAAAGGUUUCCCAGUCGCUAACGUUGGAAGAAAAAAGUUGGAAAAGAGCUCCUAAAACCGAAAAACCAACUGUAGAUGCCACUACAGUUCAACAUAUUGAAGAUGCGAGUAGACUUAUCUUUCAAGAGCGAGUGGAAGAACAUGGGGAGACGGUGGAAUCGAAAACGUGGCAAAGAGGAACGAAGGCUGUUGGGAAGCUGGAAGAACAAAUAGCUCCUGUGCAGCACACUGAGGACACUACUUUGGUAAGCUUACAAGAAAAAGAAGUGGUGAAAGAAGAAAUCGUUGAAGCAAAACCAUGGAAAAGGGGCCCCAAAACAACAGAAUUACUACCAAAAGAACAGCAAGAAAAACCUUUAAUCCCUGAAGAAAUUAAGCCGAAGGCAGCCCCCAAGAAAACACCUUUAGCGAGGGAAGACGAGCCCAUUCCUUGGAACAAGCAAGAAAUUAGUUUGAAACCUACUCCAAAGAAAUCCGUAGAAGAAACAACUAAAAUUGAGGAAGUUUCCCUGACUCCUAUUAAAAAACCAGUACGUUCAGUCGAUGAUAAACAAAUUAUCACAUCUGACGUACAAGAAGAAAUAACAGCAGCAGUCCAAGAAAAACCAAGCGAACAAAAUGAAAAACUUAGUUCGAUUCAUCAUGUUGAAGAUAAAACCGUUAUUGAGAUGAAAGAACAAGUUGAAUCUAGAAAAGAUACAAAGCUUGAAGAGAAAACUUGGAAACGGGGCCCUAAGCCUGAAGAAACUCCAUUAGAAGCUACACCAGAAGAAGCAUUUGUUGCCGAAAAACCUAAACCUAAACAGGGCCCCAAAUCUACACCUAUAACGCAACAAGAAGAGCCCAUUCCCUGGAACAAACAGGAAAUUAGCCUUAAACCGACCCCGAAGAAGAAGAUAGAGGAUGCACCAAAACAGGAAGAAAUUUUGUUAACCCCUGUAAAGAAACCAGUUAGAAGCACUGAAGACAAAACAAUAACCACGUCUGAUGUUACGAUUGAAGAGCGAUCAAAAAUAGAGUUAAAGCAACCGGAUUUAAAACCUGGCAAACCUCAAGAAGACCUUAGUUCAAUUCAUCAAGUUGAAGAUAAAAUGUUUAUUGACAUGAAAGAACAAGUUGACUCUAAAACAGAUACAAAACUUGAAGUGAAAAGUUGGACAAGGGGUCCGAAAUCUGAACAAGCUCCACUAGAAGCUAAACCAGAAGAAGCGCUAGUUCACGAAGAACCUAAACCUACGCAAGUGCCGCAACAGGACAAAAUAUUGGAAGCAAAACCAUGGAAGCGGGGUCCAAAGCCAACAGACAUAAAACCAAAAGAACAACAAGAAGAACUUGUAAUUCCAGAAGAAAUUAAGCCCAAGGCAGCUUUAGACAAAAUACCUUUAGCGAAAAAAGAAGAACCCAUUCCCUGGAACAAACAAGAAAUUAGCCUGAAACCGACACCCAAGAAAAAAAUAGAGGAAGCGCCAAAACAGGAGGAAAGUUCACUAACUCCUGUAAAGAAACCAGUCAGAAACAUCGAAGACAAGACAUUAAUUACGUCUGAUGUCACGGUUGAAGAGAAACCGGAAACUGGUACACAGAAACGCGUUACGAAACCAGUGCACAAACCUCAAGAGAAAGAAGUUUCAACUUUCAUAACGCCCGCAAGUGUAGUGGAAGAACAACUUGAACCCAAAGCGUGGAGGCGAGGCAAAAAACCUGUUGGCAAGCAACCCGAAGAAAGUGUGGAAGAAACAAUUACUGAACUUCCUGAAGAAAUUCGUGAAACAAAGACCGUCACUGAUGGACUUGAAAAGAAAACAAUUGAACGUACACGGGUUAUUAAGAAGAAGAAAGGAAAUAUUGAGGAAACUACUCAGAUUGUUACGGUUCAAGAAGAAGGCAAAACACCACAAACAACUGUAACCGUCGUCGAAUCGAUAGCACCAGAAGAAACGCAACCAUUUUAUGUUGUGGAAGAACUGCCCACCAAGGUCCAAGAAACCACUGUUAUUGAACAAGGCAUACCUAAAAAGAUAAUCGAAAGGAAACGAGUUAUUGAAACAAAGAAGGGCGACAGAAAGGACGUAACAGAAAUAAUUGUCACACAGAAACCAGGUGAUAAGCCAAUAACUUCAGUUACCGUGAAAAACGUUCCAGUUGUCAAACAAGAACCAAUUGAACCUGAAUACGUAGUACAAGAACUGCCAGUUCAAAUUCUUGAAACUGUGGUUACUGAUGCUAGUAAAACAACCAAGAAGGUGGUUAAAACAAGAACGAUUCAGAAACAAAAAGACGGUAUAAAGGAAACAACACAAAUUGUGACUGCUGUGGAAGACGGUAAGAAACCGGAGCACGUAGUUACCACUGAACAGCAUCCGGCAAUUGAAGAAGAAUCAAUAUUUACUGUUCGUGAAUUACCUCUUGAAAUACUCGAAUCUACAGUGAUUGAAAGUGGAAUUCCGAAACAUAGGACAACCAAAAAGAGAGUCAUUGAAAAGGUGAUUGCUGGAAAGAAAGAAAUUACUGAAAUUAUCACAACUGAACAAGACGAUAAGCCAACCGAGACAACUGUAACGGUAACGGAGCAAGACAUCAAGAAAAGACCAAAGAAACAGCGACAAGAACAACCGAAAGAGGAGGUGAUUCCCUGGACUGAACAAGUUCAGCUUAAGCGUGCAAAAGCGAAGAAACCUCAGGAAAGUGAAGAAGAAGAUAAGGUUGAGUUAAAACAAAUACCUACGCAGCCAUCCGCCCAAGCAAUAAUAGAAGAACUGCCCGAACAGAUUCAGGUGUCCACUACAGUUGAUAAAGGUAAAAUUGAGAAAACCGUAACGAAAACAAGAGUUAUAAAAAAAAGAAAAGGUAGUAAGGAAGAAACGACUCAAAUUGUUACUGUCGAAAAGGAAGGCAACAUCCCAGAGACAACAAUUGUAACUGAAAAACAAUCAAUAACGGAGGAACAAACCACUCAGCCGAUAUAUUCGGUUAAAGAGCUGCCAGAAGAAGUUUUCGAAACUACUGUUAUUGAAGAAGGAGUUCCGAAAAAGAUAACUGAAAGAAAACGAGUUAUUAAAACCAGGAAGGACAACAAACAGGAAAUAACUCAAAUUACAACCGUAGAACGGGAAGACAGACCCACGGAAACUGUAGUAACAAUUACAGAGAGCGAAGCCACUGAUUUCGAAGAAAUGCCAAUUGAGCAAGAAUUCGCAGUCGAAGAGCUUCCAACAGAAAUCUACGAAACCACAAUUAUUGAGAAAGGCAAGCCAAAGACAGUUGUUGAAAAGAAGCGAAGAAUUAAGAAGAUGCAAGACGACAAAGUGCAAACUACAGAAAUAAUUACAGUAGAAGAACCAGGCAAAAAGCCUAAAACAACAGUUCGGACGUUUGAAGACACCACCCAAACAAUUCAAGACCUAGAAAAACCGCUAAUAGAAGAAUUACCUGAAGACGUGCAGGAAGUAACAGUAAUAGAUGCAGGAGUAACAAAAAAGAAACUGCUCACAAAGAAAACGCUAAAAAAGACAAAAGGCGAUAAGGAAGAAACUACUGAGAUUGUUACUUUGGAAGAAGAAGGUCAGAAACCAGAGACAGUAGUCACAGUCACCGAGGAAAUAAUUGACAAGAAAAAGCCCCAAAAAAUACCUGUUCCACAAGAAACAGUAGAAAUUCCCUGGACAAAACAAGUUGAACUUAAACAGACUCCAAAGACAAACAAACCCGAGGAAGAAACACGUGAAGAAAUUCGGUUAAAACCAGUCAAAAAAUCGCAAAUACCCCAGCCUGAGGAAGCUCCAGUAGUUCAAGAACUUCCUGAAGAAAUUCAGCAAACGACCGUCAUUGACAAGGGAGAAGCCAAAGUGCAAGUAACUAAAACGCGUGUUAUUAAAAAAAGAACUGGGGAUAAGGAGGAAACCACGCAGAUUGUUACAGUAGCAGAAGACGGAAAAGAACCUCAAACGACUGUAACAGUUGAGGAGCAAGAAGUUCCUGAGGCAGUCGCAACACAACCAAUCUAUAAAGUAGAAGAACUUCCGGAGAAAAUUUCUGAAAGCACUGUAGUAGUACAAGGUAUUGAACGAAGGAAAGUAGAAAAAAGGAGAGUAAUCAAAACAACAAAAGGCAAAACGCAAGAACUCACAGAAGUACUGACCACACAGUUAGAGGGCGAAAAACCAGAAGUCACUAUUACAGUUCAUGAAAUUGAAGAUACGCUUCCUGAAACACUAGACGAGACAUUCGAAACUGUAGAAGAACUGCCAGUUCAGAUCUCCGAAACAGUAGUUGUCGAUAAAGGUAUUCGCAAAAAGAAGGUCGCAAAAACGCGAACAAUCAGAAAGGAAAAAGAUGGAAAGCAACAAAUCACAGAAAUUGUCACUAUUGAAGAAGAAGGCAAAAACCCGGAUAUUCAAGUUACGGUCCAUGAAGAAGACAAACCCGUUGAAAAAACGGUAGAAAAACCGGUUACAGAUUUACCGUGGACUGAACAAGUCAAACUCAAACGAACUCCUAAAAAACAACAAGAAGCCCCCGUUGAAAGUGAAAUAAUAAAGCUUAAACCAGUAAAACCGGAAAUCACCGAUACACCUGUGACUAUUGAAGAACUUCCGGAAGAAAUUCAUGAAACGGUCGUGACUGAUAAGGGAAAAAUCAGAAAACAAACAUCCAAAAAACGGGUCAUUAAGAAGCGAGUCGGUGACAAGGAAGAAACAACACAAAUCGUAACCAUUCAAGAGGAGGGCAAAGCUCCGCAAACAACCGUCACUAUCGAAAACGUGACAAUUCCCGAAAAGGAGGUUGUUCAACCGAUCUAUAAAGUGGAGGAAGAACCCGAGCAGAUACUUGAAACAUCUGUAAUAGAGGACGGAGUUAGAAAGAAACAAGUUCAAAAGAAACGUGUUAUUAAAACAACUAAAGGCGAUAAACAAGAAGUUACUGAAAUCGUCGUUUUAGAGCAAGAAGGUAAAAAGCCUGAGGUAACAGUAAGAACAGAAGAAAUUGACGCGCCUAAAAUUCCAUCUGAACAACCUGAAGACACAUCAAUUGAAGAACUGCCCAUUGAAAUUAGAGAAGACGUCGUUUUUGAUCAUGGAGUUUCCAAGAAGAAAGUGGAAAAGAAACGAACUAUCAAGAAAAAACGAGCUGGCAAAGAUGAAAUUACGGAAAUAAUAACCGUAGAAGAAGAAGGCAAAUUGCCUGAAACCAGUAUUGUUACGUACGAACAGGUUCCAGAGGAAGAUUCAGAAAAACCUUUUAUUAAAGAGCUACCUGAAGAAACGCAACAGGUAGUGGUUGUAGAUGAAGGAGUCACUAAACAGAAAACGAUUAGAAAACGCAUUAUUAGAAAGAGGAAAGGUGAUAAAGAUGAGAUUACUGAAAUAGUAACACUAGAGGAAGAAGGAAAAUUAGCUGAAACAACUGUAAGCAUUACUGAAGACGAUCGCAAGCCAGACCAAAUAAAACCGAAGCGAAAGCCCAAAAAAGUGGAAGUUUCAGAAAUCUUACCUGUAGUUGAGGUAGAAGAAUUGCCUGAAGAAGUUCAAGAAACAAUUGUUAUCGAUAAAGGGGUCGCCAAAAAGCAAAUUAAAAAGAAGCGUGUUAUUAAGAAGCGCAGAGGCAGCAAAGAAGAGACGACUGAAAUUGUGACUGUCGAAGAAGAAGGAAAAGCUCCACAAAUCCAAGUCCAAGUUGAAGAGGUGCAAAUUCCGGAGGAAAUGGCUGAACAACCUAUUUACACAGUAGAGGAACUGCCAGAGCAAGUAUCUGUCAGUACAGUGAUUGAAGGAGGCUUGAAAAAACAAAAAGUUCAGAAGAAACGUAUCAUCAAGACACGAAAGGGCAAUAAACAAGAAAUUACUGAGCUGACCACUACAGAAAUGGAAGGCAAAGCACCGAGCACCACAGUAACAAUUACUGAAGUAGAAGCACCAGCUGAUGAAGUUCCGGUUCAGACCGAGUAUGUAGUCGAAGAAUUGCCAAUUGAAACCCAAGAGGUUAUCAGUGUUGAUGGAGGAGUUACCAGCAAAACGGUAAUAAAAAAACGCACUUUGAAAAAAAGGAAAGACGGCAAAGAACAAAUUACCGAAAUCGUAACUGUGCAAGAAGACGGCAAAAAACCAGAAACAACGGUUACAAUAUCGGAAGACUUUAUCCAUCCAGACACUAUUUUCCUACAACCUCUUGUUGAGGAGCUACCAGAACAAAUAUCAGAAAUCAUAGUUGAUAAAAAGGGUAUUAAAGAGAAACAGGUUAUCAAGAAACGUGUCAUUAAAAAGCGAAAGGGUAGUAAAGAUGAGGUAACCGAAAUUAUUACGCUUGAACAGGAAGGUAAAAAACCUGAAACAACUGUGACUGUAACGGAAGAAGAAACACCACGAAAACCGAAAAAGCGAGUCAUUGAACAAAAGAAAGCGGACCUUCCUUGGACGGAACAAGUCAAGCUUAAGAGAGCACCUAAGCAAAUAAAGCCUGCAAAAGAAAAAGGAGAGACUGUCGAACUUAAACCCGUCAAAACGGAAGAAGUAAUCCAAGAAUUGCCUGAGGAGAUCCAAGAAACAACAGUUUUUGAUCAAGGUGUAAUGGAGAAGAAGGUUACUAAGAAGCGCGUAAUCAAGAAGCGAAAAGGAAGCAAAGAUGAAACUCUGGAAAUUUUAACGGUACAAGAAGAAGGCAAGCAACCAGAAACAACAGUUACAAUCAUCGACGAAACUCCGAAAGUUCCUGACGUCACCUUAAAGCGAGCGAAAAAAGAAAAAGUAAAACUGGCGAAGGGAACUGACGAGAAAAUUGAAAAGCUCCAUCCCGCCAAAAUGGUUCAACCAGAUUCGCUUCUUACCACAAUGGAAGAAUUACCUACAGAAGUUCGCGAAACCACAGUAAUUGAAGAUGGAAUUACUAGGAAACAGAAAACAAGAAAACGCGUUAUUAAAAAACGCCGAGGUAGUAAAGAAGAAACAACUGAGAUAGUUACCGUUGAAGAAGAGGGUAAGGUACCCCAAACAACGGUAACUAUCGAAGAAGACGUGGCUCCGAAAAUUGCGGAAGAGCAGCCAUUGUAUAGAGUUGAGGAACUCCCAGAAGAAGUGUAUGAAACAACUGUUGUAGAGCAAGGUCGACCGCAGAAGAAAAUUAUUAAGAAGAGGGUGAUUAAAACUAAAAAAGGUGACAAACAAGAAAUUACUGAAAUUGUUAUUACACAGAAGGGUAGAGAGGCACCCGUGACCGAAGUGAUAAUUCAUGAAGAAUCUAUUCCAUUUGAAGAGAUAGAACAACCAGAAUAUGCAGUGGAAGAAUUACCUGUGGAAAUCCAAGAAACCGUUGUGGUUAAAGAUGGAAUUUCUAAGAAAAGGGUCGAAAAGAAGCGAACAAUUAAGAAAAAAGAUAAACAGGGAAAAGAUGAGUUAACCGAAAUUGUUACAAUCCAUGAGGAGGGUAAAAAGCCCCAAACAACGGUAACAGUUCAAACACAAGACACGGUGUCAGAUAUUCCGGAUAGGCCAGUUAUCACAGAACUUCCAGAAGAAAUUAGUGAAGUCAAUGUUGUAGAGCAAGGCGUCAUCAAACAGAAAAUUAAGACAAAGCGAACAAUAAAAAAGAGGCGAGGUAGUAAAGACGAAACUACUGAAAUUGUGGUUAUAGAAGAAGAAGGUAAAGCCCCGCUAACAACAGUGCUGGUGACAGAAGAGCCUGUAGAGGAUCAACAGUUAAUUCCAAAACCAAAAAUAAAGAAAACUAAAAAGCAAGCAAAAAGUGAGAGUCCACUGGUCACACCUGAGGGCUACCUUUUUGUCCCAAGUCUGGCACAUCCAAAAGAAACACAACCCGACGAUGUUGUCGAUAUGUUGCAGACGGAACUUAUCAAAAUGCGCCUUGCCAAAAAUCUACCAGAACACGUAGUGCCUGACGAUGUACCUAAAUACACAGUCAUGGAAUUACCUGAGGAAGUCCAAGAAACUACCGUCAUUCAAGAUGGAGUUUCCAAAAAAGUUAGAUCGCGAAAACGGGUUAUUAAAAAACGUAUUGGUGACAAAGAGGAAACAACGGAAAUAGUUUCCGUAGAGGAAGAAGGCAAAGUGCCUCAAACUACUGUUACUGUAGAAGAAGAAACAAUUCCAGAAGAUAUACCGGAACAACCGAUCUACUCUGUUGAAGAACUCCCUGAAGAAAUUUCUGAAACCACAGUCCUAGUUGAAGGAAGACCUAAAAAAAGGAUUGAAAAGAAAAAGACUAUUAAAACUCGAAAGGGUAGUAAACAAGAAAUAACCGAAAUAACCGUGACUGAGCAAGAAGGCAAGAGGCCAGUGACUGAAGUUAGUAUUAAGGAAAUUGAUAUUCCUGAAUCGGAAAUCCAUGAAGGGCCUCAGCCAGAAUAUCUUGUGGAAGAACUCCCAAUUGAAAUUAAAGAAACUGUAGUAGUUGAAAACGGGGUAUCAAAGAAGACAGUUCAAAAGAAGCGGACUAUUAAAAAACGCAAAGGUGAUAAAGAAGAAAUUACAGAAAUCGUUACUAGUGAACAAGAGGAUGAAGCGCCCAGAACCAUUGUGUCCAUUGAGGAAAAGCCGAUUACUUUCCAAUUAGAGGAGGUACCAAAAAUUGUGGAAGAAUUGCCAACAGUGAUUCAAGAAGUCAGGAUAAUCGAAGAUGGUGUACCUCAGAAAAAGACCAUUAAGAAACGCGUUAUUAAAAAGCGACGUGGCAGUAAAGAAGAAAAAACUGAAAUUGUGACAGUUGAACAAGAAGGUAAACUUCCCGAAACGACCGUCACUGUUGAUGAAAUAACAGUCAUCGAAGAGAAGAAGCCCAAAGUGAAGAAGCCAAGAACAGAAAAGGUCGAAGAAGUACCAUGGACGGAACAGGUUCAACUGAAACCAUCCAAACGGAGGCCAAAGGCUGUAGAAAAAACACAGUUGGAAGAAGUUGACCUGAAGCCAUUUGAAGUGCCAGAGAAAGAAGAAGAAGUAUUUAGAGUGGAGGAACUUCCUGUGGAAAUAAAAGAAACCACAGUAAUAGACCAAAAAGGUGUAUCUAAAAAGAAAAUCGUUAAAAAGCGAGUUAUUAGCAAACAAAAAGGCGACAAACACGAACGAACUGAAAUUGUUACAGUUGAGGAAGAAGGCAAAGCUCCAGAGACCACCGUAAUCACGGAAGAAAUAGAUGCUCCAAAGACUGGCGGUCCUUUGUACAUCGUUGAAGAAUUGCCAGUGGAUGUCCAAGAG